AUGUCCUUGAGUCGAAGUGCCAUAUGUGGGUUUAGAUCAGUAAACAGGCUGGGUAGCUCAUUGACAAAGGCACCAAUAUUAUCAUCAGCUUAUCCUAACUUGGCAUUUGAUCAUUAUUCUCAAUACCGAUUGAUAAACUCAUCUGUGCCGCAACUAUGUAAUGAUAAGCCCGACAAUGACAAGAAAUCCUUAUGGCCCUUUCGGAUGACCAUGACCGAUGAACAAAAAAAGCAAAAAGAACAGAAAAUAAAAGAAAUGAAGGAGGAAGAAGCUCCGAAGACUCUAUUCGCCAAAGUUAAAUAUUACUUCAAAAGAUAUUGGUAUAUAGCUGUACCUGCACAUGCGGUAUCUUGUACUGCGUGGUUCACAGCUUUUUAUCUGGCAGUUCGAAGUGGAGUGGAUGUCAUUUCCCUAUUGGAAACUCUCCAUAUCCCAACAGCUUUAAUUGAAAAAAUAAAAGAUACACCUCCAAGUGCCGGCGCUGCAGUCAUUGCAUUCCUCCUCUACAAGAUCGCAAUGCCUUUGCGUUAUGCAACUACCUUAGUAUUGAUACAAUCAACGUUUUGGACGCUCAGAAGGAUGGGAAAACUUAAGACUGCCAGAGAAGUCGAAUAUAAGGUUCGUACCGAGUACGAGUUGAGAAAGAAGUAUGGUAGAAAGAUGUACAGAUAUCGUAAUCUUGGAGUUCGAGAUAUCGAACGAAAACAUUCAUUACAAACUCAAGCCCGCAAAAACGGUUCCAUUUCUCAGAACGAGCAUUAG